AUGUCCGAACGCAAAGUGCUCCAGAAGUACUACCCCCCGGAUUUCGAUCCCUCUUCUCUCACGCGCAAGCGUGGACCGAAGCAGACCGGCCCCAAGGUCCAAACAGUCCGCAUCAUGGCACCGUUCUCGAUGAAGUGCACAACAUGCGGAGAGUACAUCUACAAGGGAAGAAAAUUCAACAGCAGAAAAGAAACGAACCAAGCAGAAAGGUAUCUCAACAUUCAGAUUCACCGCUUUCAUAUCAAAUGCACUAGAUGCUCGGCGGAAAUUAUCUUCAGGACGGACCCCAAGAUCGCCGACUAUGCCGUGGUCAAGGGCGCGCUGCGCAACAUGGAGCCCUGGCGUAACAAGGAGGGUGAGAAGGAGAGUGUCGACGAAAGGCUGGACAGACUGGAGCGUGAGGAGGCCGAGGCCGCGGGCGAGGAGGAGAAGAACGCGAUGGCGGACUUGGAGGCCAAGAACGAGGACGCAAGAAGGGAGAUGGCGGCUGCGGACGCACUCGACGAGAUUCGGCAGCGCAACGCGCGCAUUCAGCGGUCAGAGAAGGACGGUAUCGACUUCUCCGAGUACGUUGUACGGCCCGAGGAUGAGGAGAAGGCGAGGUUGGAGAGGGAGGAUGAGGAGGCCGCGAGGAGAGCGUUUGCUGCUGCGCGGGAGAGGGCCUCUCUGAUGGACCUUGGGGAAGAGAUUAUCGAUGACGAUGGUGAUGUCGCUGAGGCGGGAGUUAACGGCGAUGCGGCUACAUCAUCAGGGUCAGGGGACAGGACGGAGACCGCGGAAGCGAGGGCCGUGAGGGAUACUUCGACAAUGCCGCCGCCACCGCCUCCGGUCAAGCGGGUGGUGAAGAAGAAGAAGGACUACUCUGCGGCGCUUGGCAUCAAGAAGAAGCCGUCGCUAGUUUGA